UUUAUCUGUUUGCAAUCCUAAUUCUACUGAUGAAGUUGUUGCAAAUUCCUAAAUUGACGCAUCAGACCCAUUACGUCAUUAAGCCUGUAGUCUACCCAUAGCCGGGCGGGUCACUUUUAUUUUGGCUGUCAGUGAUAAAGUUCGGUUCGUCGAGUGCCGGCGUCCUCAUAUAGUCGUACGGAACUAGAAACUGUUCCAUAAUCCUCCUGCCUGUUUGUCGAGAUGAUUUUGGUGGGAUUCCUCGUGAUGCUGGCCGUCUCCAGGUGGCAGAUAGAUGCGAAGGCUGUCGACACUAGCCCUGGUCUUGACUUCGUACCGCGGCCAGACCCCAGCGACGCGGACAACACUCUCAUCUAUUACAAGUCCCGUGACGACGCCUCCGUGCUCAAAUGGACCUCCAAGAUCGAUGAAUUCUUCGCACCAUACAAAAAAGGCGCGGAGAACAUCAUGGCCUGCUCAGCCGACGCGCCGGUGCGUGAAAAUCUCUUCUGUGAUGUAGAUCUGCGCGCUUUCGAGCCAUGCAUCUCUGAGAACAAGUAUAACUACGACACCUACCGCAGGACGCAGCCAUGUGUAUUCCUCAAACUGGACAAACUCUUGAACUGGAUACCAAAUCCAUACAACACCACGGAUGACAUGCCAUCAGAGAUGCCAGAUGGUCUGCAACAGCACAUUGACAAUGUUUCUGGCAGUACAGAUGCAAACACGGUGUGGGUGUCCUGCGAAGGCGAGAAUCCAGCUGAUGUCGAAUUCAUUGGACCCAUUAAGUACCUCCCUACUCGUGGAUUCCCGACCUACUUCUUCCCUUACAAAAACCAGGAGGGCUACCUCAGCCCACUCGUCGCCGUGCAAUUUUUGAGGCCAACGAUGGGAAUUGUCAUCAACAUCAAGUGCACAGCGUGGGCGAAGAACAUCGACCGCGAGGGGAGCGGGCGGCGCGGCUCCGUGCACUUCGAGCUGAUGAUCGACUAGUAGAUUAAAACUACCCAUAUACAUAGAGUUGCUACCUGCUACUUCUUGAUUUACGGGCUACCAGCAUCAAAAAUACGGGUUGUAGAUUUUUUUACGGGAGGUAGUGCUCUAAAUGAAUAUUUUAUUCUUAUUUUUUGAAGAAACAGUUUUGUAACACAAAUGAUUAACUUGUAAUUCUACCUUCACAAUUCGCUAUUGAGUCUAUAUGUUACGAUGAAGUGAACAACCCCAUCAAACUAAUUAAAGGUACAAGUUGGCACCGCGACAGAGACCGGAGACAGAGACCCGCGAUCGUCUCUUGGCUUAUUGAAUUUCUGUAGUGUUUAGUCGGCGAGUGCGACAGAGAUGCUGUAUGUCUGGCUUAUGACUUUCUAUAGUGUCAAGUAUAACAGAAACUCCCGGUGUUACUACAAAACGAUAUUUAAUAUUAGACAAACAAAUCUUUUUAUUCAGAUAAAAGUUAGCCCUUAACUGCAACCUAUGGUAAGUGAUAAUGCAGUCUAAGAUGGUUCAGCUGUUCAAAUCUGUUACAGUCGCUCUUUUAAAAUAAAAAAAAGAUUCCGACGAAUUGAGAACCUCCUCCUUUUUUGGAAGUCGGUUAAAAAAUGACAACAAUAGGCUUAAACACAGUGUAACAUAAAACUAGUUGUGUGGUAAGGGCAUUUGUCUCGCCCGCUAACUGAAAACUAAGUGAUGGUCGUGGUCGCGUGUCUCUGUCUCGCAUUUCUGUCUCCGGUCUCUGUCGCGACACGAAUUUGUAUCUUUAUAGAGAGUGUACCAAUCGAAAAUAAAGUGUCUCAAACCUAAUCUAAAUCAUUUUACCUACUCCUAAAUAUAAACAACUUUUAAUAGGAGACUACCAUGGAUCUAUAAAUACUCGAGACUACCUGUCUCUUAAAUUGUGAAAAAAAAACGAAUGACUUUAUAUGUAUACCUACUCCUACCUACGAAUUAUUAUCGAUAGCCUUGUUUACCUACCAACUUAUUAUCGGUACCAGAGUUGAAUAAUUGAACUCUGUUACCGAUAAUAUUACUUUUAUACUUACUUAUUUAAGUUUAGAACAACAAUAAUUAUAUUAUUGUUGUAUUUAAGUUUAGAUUAAUAAAUUGAAUCCAUUUAA